AUGCAGAAUGCUCACUUCAUAGUUAGUCGUGCCAUAUUAAGUUCUACUAAGGACACAUUUCGACGUUGCUUUAACUUGUCUACCAAACAUUUAUUUACUACGCCUUACUUGGUCCAUAAAAUCAGGAUAUCACGUCACACUCGCAUUGAUUUAUUCAACAGGAAUUUUAGCUCUUCAGGUCCCAAGAGUAUUACCGAUUCUCCAGUUGAGAAGAUCAAUGCUAAAGUGGUUCCAAAAAUUAAAACAAGCUUUUCUUAUGAUGAUUCUGUCAAGUCUGUGAAGUAUAUCACACCACUUAGAGCAUUACGAGAAUAUAUGCUUACAAAACAUGAUUUAGAUCAGUUACCACGUUAUUACAGCCGAAGUCCGUAUGGCAAUGAAACUAAAACUCUUGUUUUCCUCCGAUCAGAUGUAGAGCAAAUGGCUUACGCAAAGCACGGAGGCCAUGAUGAUUUUGAGUUACGACGGAAACUCAUGAAGGAUAUGGAGCGAAGAACCAAAACAGAAAUCUUCAAUUUAAGGAAGGCCUUAAAAUACCUUCAAAACUCAGCAGAAGCCAAGGCGACUGAGACUUCGGUUUUUAUGGAUAAACGGAAAAGUUUGUUUACGUCGGGCCCUGGUCGUGUUGUUCUUUUCGCAAUAGCAAUAAAUGGUCUCAACGUCGCUGCCAAAGCCUUCGGUUGGUGGUAUACUGGUUCUAAAAGCAUGUUUUCUGAGUUGAUGCAUUCGCUUGCGGAUACGAUGAAUCAGGUUCUCGUUGCUUAUGGUCUAUAUUCAUCACUUCAGAAACCAGAUGAAACGCAUCCGUACGGUUAUAUUCCAAUGCGUAAUGUAUCAUCGUUGAUAAGUGGUGUUGCCAUUUUUUUCCUGGGAGCUGGUCUUACAUUUUAUCAUAGUGUCCAGGGCAUUUUGGCACCUCAUGAAUUUGAAUCUGUUAAUCUGGCUUUGAUGGUCAUGCUAGGUUCGCUUUUAUCCGAAGGAAGCACCUUGGCGUUGGCUUAUCGCGAAGCUAAAAGAAGUUCAAAACGUCAAAACUUCUAUUCUGUUAGACAUUGGUUGUUUUCCGGAGUUGAUCCAAGUACUAGUAUGGUUUUAUUAGAAGAUUUGGCUGCUGUCAUUGGUGUUGUUGUGGCAGGGUCAGCUAUGGCUGUAACUGCUUUCACUGGACAUGUUUUACCUGAUGCGAUUGGAGGGAUUUGUGUUAGUGCAAUUCUCGCUACAGUGGCUGGUCUGAUCAUACAUACGAAUACUGAAAUGUUAAUAGGAAGAGCUAUUCCGGUUGAAAAUCAAGAGGCAAUUAUGCGUGUGAUGGAUAACAUAAAAAUUAUUCGCGGGACAUACGACAUAAAAACAACUAUGAUUGGUGGUGAAGAAAUACGAUUCAAAGCAGAAGUUGAUAUUGAUGGUCGAGAACUUACUAAACGUUACCUAGAAACUUUAUCAUUAGACGAUCUUCUUCAGGAGGUGAAAAAUGUCAAAACUGAACAGCAACUGGCUCAUUUUAUGUUGAAACAUGGUGAUAAUUUAGUGAACACACUAGGCGCAGAAAUUAAUAAAAUUGAAGAGAAAAUUAAGAAGGAAUUCCCCAAUGUAACUCAUAUCGAUAUUGAGAUUAACUAA